UUGGAUUGGUCCCCCGCAUCAUCUGUCCUCCAGCCACAGUGGCGCCGGCUCUUCUACGUUGUACCGCUGUCUUGUCUUACCCUACCCUAUCCUAUCCACUGUUUCCCGCUCCAUCUUACUGUUUUCCGACGCGCGAUCCGGGGCCUAUUUUCGCGGCUUGUAUCUAUAUCGCCGCCUUCACUUCCCACCUUUCUCUCCCGCACCCACCUUCAUCAAUCAUGGCGGCGCUGCGAUCUGUGUGUCGGGCACCCCUCACCAACAUCACCAAACCCUCUUCCUUUGCCAUUGCCACAAACCACCCAAGAUUGCUCACUCAGCAACGGUGGCGGGGAUACGCUUCCUCGGCAGAGUCGCAGCAUAAGCUGCUCUCCUCCAGCCUCGAAGAUGUCGAUCCAACCGUUUACCAGAUCAUUGAAAAGGAGAAAAACCGCCAGAAGCAUUUCAUAAACCUGAUCCCGUCCGAGAACUUUACCUCACAAUCCGUCCUUGAUGCUUUGGGCAGCGUGAUGCAAAACAAAUACUCCGAGGGAUACCCAGGAGCUCGGUACUACGGAGGAAAUGAACACAUCGAUGCAGCGGAGCGACUUUGUCAGCAAAGAGCUCUCCAAACUUUUGGCCUGAAAGAAUCGGAAUGGGGUGUCAACGUACAGCCCCUGUCUGGCUCCCCAGCAAACCUAUACGCUUACUCCGCUGUUCUCAAUACUCACGAUCGCAUCCUUGCUCUGGAUCUACCUCACGGUGGGCAUUUGUCGCACGGAUACCAAACGCCUACCAAGAAGAUCUCCGCGGUUUCCAAGUACUUCGAGACGCUACCAUAUCGAUUGGACGAGAAAACCGGAUACAUUGACUACGUCAAAAUGGAGGAACUGGCCACACUUUACCGCCCUAAGAUCAUUGUUGCGGGAACAUCCGCGUAUAGCCGACUCAUCGAGUACGAACGCGUGCGCGAGAUCGCCGACAAAGUAGGCUCAUACGUUCUUUCGGAUAUGGCUCACAUUUCUGGACUAGUGGCAGCCGGCGUUAUCCCUUCACCAUUUCCCUAUUCGGACAUUGUAACCACUACGACUCACAAGUCUCUGCGUGGGCCCCGGGGUGCCAUGAUUUUCUACCGCAAAGGUGUUAGAAGGGUAGAUAAGAAAGGUGUCGAAGAAAAGUAUGACCUCGAGGGUCCUAUCAAUGCUUCGGUUUUCCCGGGCCACCAGGGCGGACCGCAUAACCACACGAUUACCGCUUUGGCAGUCGCUCUCCAGCAAGCGCAAACGAAAGAAUUCAAGGACUACCAAAAAACCGUGCUGGAGAACUCAAAGGCUCUCGCACAAAGAUUGGGGGACUCCAAAGAAAACGGCGGCUUAGGUUACAAUAUUGUCAGUGGUGGUACUGACAAUCAUUUGGUGCUCGUUGAUCUUAAAGACAAGGGUGUCGAUGGUGCGCGUGUUGAGCGUAUUCUGGAGCUUGUCGGCGUAGCAAGUAACAAGAACACUGUUCCGGGAGACAAAUCGGCCAUGAAGCCGGGUGGUCUUCGCAUGGGCACACCAGCCAUGACCACACGCGGCUUUUCCGCCGACGACUUCAAACGCGUCGCCGACGUCGUCCACCGCGCGGUCGGCAUCACGCAAAAGCUCGAUAAAGAUGCAAAAGCUAAAGCUGAGGAAGCGGGCAGGAGGCUUCCAGGUAGCAUUGCUGCAUUCAAGGAAUAUGUCGGCGAAGGAAAUGAUAUCACCGAGAUCUUAGAGCUGAGGAAAGAGGUUGAGGAUUGGGUCGGUACAUUCAGUCUUCCGUGGGUGAAGGCAUCAUGAUUUAGUUGGGCUAGGUAAUGAAAAUAACGUUAUUUCUCCCUCUCAUCUAUAUGUCACUCCAACAGCCAUCGUGCAAAUCUUAUGUGGUGUAUCUUGUCCCAGUGGCUGCACAUAUAGCGCGGUUCCUACCUUCACCGUGGCCAUCAGCAAGAGAGUUGGCCAAACCAAUCGCAUCAUAUUGUGUGCGACUAAUAUUGUUCACCUGAACACUAGAUCUGUCAACCUCCGUAUGGGCCUAUUCAACACCAGAUUUUCCCCCACAAUCGCUCUCAUACAUAUCCCUCUUCCCGCUGUUACCCAAAACUACCGUCUUUGCGGUAGCGUCAGCACACCUUGACAUCACGUAGGCUGUUGUCUACCACGUUUGAAGUCGCCCACGACUUCUCGCGUGUCGCUCUCACAUAGCAACCAAUCGAUCGACUUGGACAAGCAAACGCAUUCCGAACACCGUCACUGUGGCCAGAGCACCCCGACAUAUAUCCCACACUGUCCUCCAUACCACAAGGACCGAUCACCCAGUAUCCCUCUCUUCUACACCGAAAAGCAACCUCAAUCGAACGACCACGCUCAGAAAAUACCUCCGCGCCCCGCGCCCAUUCACCUUCUCACCGCCAACCAAUCACCCACCGCAGGACAGAGACACACCAAACAGCGAAACAAGAAUGAACGUUCCCGACCUCACUGGCGUCUCCAUCUUGCCCACAGAAUUAUUAUACGAGCACUGGAUGGAGCCCCUCACAUACAUCCUACUUGUCUUUGACAUUGCAAGCGCCGUGCUCCUCGGC